GUAGCCAGAACCCUUCUACUAUAAGUUAGACAUUAUCCACCCGAUCCCCCGUUUUCCACCAAUUUUCCUCUACGUCACUUUCAUUCUCAUAGAUGAAAACCCACGCACACAAUUCUUUUUUGAUUUUUGAGCCUUCAUUCUCCAAAGAAAGCAAAUACUCAAGUGCAUAUUCCAUGUUCGCAAGCUCCUUUGGGUGCUCAUCGCAUAGUGAAAGUUGAGAUAAAAUAUGGCCUCCAUUACCCGCAAAGCUCUGGCAGACCUAGUGAUACGAUACUUCCGCUCUGUUGACACAGGCGAUAUUCCCGACGCUAUCUCUCUCUUUGCCCCCGACGCGGUCUUCACCGUCGAGAGUGAUCAUGUCACCUUUACCGGCCGUGCGGUUAUUCAAUCCAUGCUGACAAGUUUCAGCGAGCGGUCCACACUCAUGGAACACCGUAAUAGAAAUAUUGUGAUCGACGAGGCAACGAGGAAGGUCGCUACGGAGCAGCGCUAUGUUGGGGAACUGCAUGACGGGACAACAAGGGAGAUGGUCACAUGUAAUUUCUUUGAUGUCGGGGUUGACGGGAGAUUUGCGAGAGUGGCUGUUUGGAUGGCAGGCCCCAGUCCGUUGGGGGAUGGCAGGACUUAGGAGGUCUGCUUGGAGCUCAUAUCUUAUACGUUGACUUCCUGCAACGAGAAGAAGCCUUGGUGAGCUAAAUGUAACUAGCUCCUGUCAAUAAGCGGUCAAUUUAAUCUUAUCGUCCUACUUCAGCAGUAGGUUUAGCAUUGCAGAAAGACAGCAAAGUCAAAUGACAGUGUACGAAGAAGCAAUAUCACGCAAUAUUGCAAGAGAUUGAAUGUUAAUAAUCUGGACAGUAGAGUUAAGGUGCGUG